AGUGCUCCCGGUGACGUCAGGAGGCAGCUGGCACUCCGCUCAGUCAGCGCUCGGUACCGGCCAUGGGGAAGGUGCAGCUCUUCGAGAUCAGCCUGCGGGACAGCCGGGUGGUAUACAGCCCGGGGGAGGCGCUGUGUGGGACGGUCACCAUCAGGACCAGCGCUGUCCUGCACUACAAAGCAAUCAAAGUCAACUGUGUUGGGUCUUGCGGUGUGUCAAACAAAGUUAAUGAGACAUCAUGGAACAUAGAAGAGCAGUACUUCAGUGGAACCUUCUCACUGGCCGACAAAGGAACACUUCAGCCAGGAGAACACACAUUCCCCUUCCAGUUUCUGUUACCAGCUUCAGCGCCGACGUCCUUCGAGGGGCCGUUUGGUAAGGUGACCCAUCAGGUGAAGGCAGUUAUAGAAACACGAAAGUUGUCCAAAGAUUACAAAUCCAGUAAACUUUUCUACAUCCUGCGACCCCUGGACUUGAACGAAAUCCCAGAUAUAGAUCAACUCAGUUGCGCUACCGCCACCAAGAAGUUUAACUACAAGCUAGUGAAAUCAGGCCAGCUGCUGCUCAGUGUGACCUCUGACACGCGGGGCUAUAUAGUGGGACAAGCUAUCAAAAUUCACACAGAUGUGGAAAACAAGUCCGGUCGGGACACAGGGGCCAUCGUGGCAUCUCUUAUCCAGAAAGUUGCCUACAGAUCAAAGCGAUGCGUCUAUGACCUGCGGACAAUCGCAGAGGUUGAAGGUGCUCCGGUGAAGGCUUGGAAACACGCGGUAUGGGACGAGCAGAUCUUGGUGCCGGCUUUGCCACAGUCAAUCUUGCAAGGCUGCAAUCUCAUCCAGAUAGACUACUACCUCCAGGUAACGGUAAAAAAUCCAGAGGUGUCGGUGACAUUACCCAUCUACAUUGGAAAUAUACCAGUCAGUCAAGCUCGCAUAGGACUGAGACAUUCUUUAUCACAGGUGCCAUCUCCUGUCGUCCCCUCAGCGCCCCCUGCUGAUGAUGACCAGUGUGGCAGCACCCAGCCGAUGGACAAUGUGUCAAUUCCCACCAAGUGCCACUCCCAGCAGCAAGCUAAUGCCCCAUUCUGCUACGCAUCUGAGCUGAACUUUCCGAACGCACAGAUGGAAAAUCUAGGCUCACCCUCGCACCCAACUCUUUGCUUAUCCACAGGGUCCACAAUCCCUUAUUAUGCUGAGGGGGCAGUUGUUCCGGUGCCGACAGCCGGCUCACUUAUUCUACCCCCUGAGUACAGCACAUGGGGUUAUCCUUAUGAUGCUCCACCAUCCUAUGAACAGAGCUGCAGCGAGGCCGGAGUCAGUAACGAAAACUGAGAAGGUUGCUUUUAUUUUCAGAUUAAAAAAAUAAAAAAAACACUCCAGCUCCACUCAGAGGAUGAUUCAGCGGACACUUCCGAAUCCUUGUUUUUAUUCCGGGGACAAAACCCCAUCGUGCAAUCUCCAAGGACAAACGGUGCCGACGCUGGACGUUACAAUCUGUGAUGCCUUAUAAAAAGGAACAUUUUUAAAAUUAUAUAUAUAUAUAAAAAAAAUCUAUAAGUAUUUACAAGUGCCGGAUUGCAAGUAACCUACUGUGUGAUUUUUUUUUUUUUUUUUUUUUUUUUUCUCGAAUUUACAUUUUUAAAACGGAAUGUUUGGUGUGAAUGUUGAUUACAGUAACUGAGAUGUUUCCCAGGAUUACAUUUUUUAUAAUCUGUUCAAUGAGUGGGAUUUGUUGCAGAACUCCUUUUUCUGUUGUGCUGUACAUUAUACCCACUGUAACCCUUAGCAACGUCUUAGGGGGUUGUGCUUGGCUAGACCUAAUUGGACAAUUUAUGUUUAAAGCUGCUCUAGGGCUAUAUCCCAGCAUGCACAGCCAUUAAAGGGAGGAAGUCAGGGCUGGUGGAUCCCCAGGAGCCAAAGGACUAAAGCUAGCUGUACACUGAGUUUUUAUUUAUUUAUUUUUAUUUUUUACCACUCAGCCUGCAGAACGAAGAAAAAAAUGAUUCUUCCACCUACGCUGUAUGAAUCUCCUAUGGCAACUGUUGUAUUUGGACAGCUGGCUCUCAGGAUACCUAAAUAGUGGCUGCAUCUGAUUGGAUGCAACUGCUGUUCGGCUGGCAAUUUUCUGUCUGGCUUCUUUGAUAAAAAUGAUAUAUUGGGCAGGAGACAGAUGAAAGGGCAACCGUUCUAAGGAACCAGCCGGAAUUCGCAGUGUAUGGCCAGCACAAAGGGUUUUGUUCCUCUUGUAGAAAGCGUGCCUUGAUGCAUUUAGGCUGCUGUUAUUUGUAGAAUUUGGCUUUAAAUAUACCAGUACCUGUUAAUGUAUUAAAGUAUGAAAGUUUUUUUACAGGCUUCUGAGGAUAAUAGUUUUCUGGCUGUCUCUAGCUUUAGUACUUCUAGGUCUGGAACAAGAAUGACUGAAGUGAGAAUUCUAGUUCAAAAUGUAUCAUCUUUACUCUCUCAGAAAAUAUUAAACCCAAAAGUAAACCUUUUA